AUGCUCAUUGCCUUUGGGCGAGGCUCUUCUUGCUGGGAAGGAUCGACAAAGGAAGCAUUGCCAUGUCGUGCACUAGCCAUAUGGACUCCCAGGAAAUCGUGGGACAAUCAUGCGCCACGCUGGUGGUUAGGAUUCUGCUGGAGAAAUGUGGCAGAUGAGGCAGUCAUGGCUGAUUACCAGAGUGGCUUGGUUCCGGCAUAUGUGGCAAUGGCACUUGUGAUGAUGGAGGGACGGCCGGCGGCAGACAGGCGGCCUUGCAGGGGAAUUGACAAUGAGGCGCCUUUGCUCGCCACGUCCAUUGGCAACGCUGAGAGGGUGUGA